UCUCAAUUCAUCUAUUGCUUUACAAACUUGAAGGAAGCUCGAAAUUGCUCCGGCCGACUCGCUUUGCACGUUGUCUCGAAAAUGGUCAAGUCACAAGCAAAUCACGACUGCUCUCUGACCACUCGGCCAAUGCGCUCUGACAGCGCCAAAAUCCCUGUUUGAUCGACAAGUGGUGUAAAUGAACAGUGCCAGUCGUCUCCUUCGGGGGAAUGUUUUGAACGCACUGCCGCCCCUUUGCUUACACUACAAACGAAUAUAACUUAACAAAGUCACUCCGCUCCCAUGUUUUGAUGCAUUUCCCUAGUGCUCGGGUCCGUGCCUCCGGCGAAGCUGACUGUUGCAUGAGAUAGAGCAGUACCUGACCAGCUCACAAUAUCACAACCACUUCCGGAGUGCAGGGGCCGCCUGUCAAACGCUCCAACACGCCUUCCGUCCCCAUAUUGAUGUAUACUGAAGUUGAAGCUGUCAGACAUGUGUUGUUCGGAUGCUCAUCAGUUGAUGCAUGCAACAGCCAUCCUCUUAAUGUUGCCCUGACUAUCUUGUUUACCCAGGUCUUGCCGUCACGUCUUCUGGCCUUAUAACUUCAUCCUGUAUUGAUUGUGUUCUAUGGCGGAUGCUUCAUUCCCUCACCUACUUCUGUUUACGGCGAUUCCCAUAGUCCACCGGAAUCCUGGAGGGUACAGGUAGAUUCCGGAGACAUUCGGGAUACUCUUCUCACAAUGUCGCACCCACUUCCAGCAUACCAAACACCAGUAUCCAAGCCUCCUCAGCGUACUGGCAUAGUGCUCCCCAAUGCUGCAGAAAGAGGCAGCAGCAGUCUUUGUCACGAAUUCUGUGACACUGUUCGUCGGCUAUUGCAGCAUCUCAUAUUCAUCCUCCUCCUCUCCCUGAGGCUAUACAUGCUUCCACUGUUAUACAUACUCAACAAACUCGAAGCGGGCCGUGGUCUAUGGUACUCAACAGCCUGGCAAUUUGUGCGACUCCCAGGGGCCGCUCUGGCUCAAUGCACCCGCUGUUGCCGGAGAGCAGAGGAUAUGUUCUCUGUACAUACUUGGCCUGACGUCUGGGACGGCAUCGCUGCCCCACUGAAGAUAUUCAAGGCACUUUAUUCUCUUGGAAAAAUUCUUGAACAAAACCCCAGCGAUCGACCAUCCAGACCGACGGCAGUAGCCGAUACGCCCGACAGUGCGAUAGAUCUCCAAAGCCAGCAAGGACAGGAGUCAACGGUUUUCGACGCCGGUCUAGGAGAAUCUCAGUGUGAAGGAUCGGCAAAUGCGUCGCAAAUAUACCAUGCAGCCCUCCUCAAUGGGAGUACUUUAGAUGACAUCCUUGCCGCACUUGAGAAGAAUAAAGCGACACGCCAAGUACAGGCCCAGCAUAUCACGACACAUCCAGGCGAAGGCGAUAACCUUGAAUCCCGUACGGACGACCGGGAAAUGCUACGAGAGCAAGUGGAAGCACGACAUUAUCGCGCUUCUAGUAUUCAGAAAACACCUGAAAGGAUGUUAGUGCCAAAGGAUGGAUCCGAGAGGUCACCCUGCUCCGUACGAGAAGAGUUCAACACGGGAUCACGACAAGAGCUGCAGACACCAGAGAACGAGGCACCCGCGGCCCAAAAGGUGGUUGCAGCAGGACUCGAAAACAGCAGCCUCGCCAGCUGGACUAAAUCACUCCCUGUAGUAUCACAAUCCGGGGUGCAAGUCCUGCAAAGACAGAAUCAGAGAAAGCGUGUUAGCUCUGUUGCGACUAAGCGAUGCCCAACGUUUAUGCGAAGGCAGAAUCAAGGUGACCUUCCGGCAAGAUCCACCAGUACGGACAAGGGUUCCUUGGCCCCUUUGCACGGAAGAACGGCAAAGUCAAGCCCAGCGCUCAGUCUGACCUCACCGACGAAGCGUUCUAAGCUCCAACGGAAGGUCAUGGUUUACCAAGACCAGCAACAUAUGAUGGACCCGUAAUGACGAGAAGGAGCUCCGGUCCAUUGUACGAGUUGAGUGGUGGCUUCUGGACCUGAUAUGCAAAUUGAGUGUUUAAUACCUACGAAGCCUACCGCUUUGUAAUUAGGUGGACUACCACAGUGGAACCCGGGCGAUUCCCCUGAAGCCUCUCACGCGGAUCCUGGACGGAGGUGCUGUAUGAUGGUGUUCGUGGCGUAUUUAUCGUGACUGAUGGUAAAGGGCUUUAUUAGUAAUGAAUCGCAUGUGCAGACCUGCCUCUUGCACAGAACCUCAACUGUGCGUAGAUGCAACAGUCCCUAUAGCUCCAUGAAGACUUAUCUGGUACUCGA